UUGCGCUGACUGCGUCAUUAGAGAACGUAAGGCACGUAGAGUUCAAGCUGAUGCUAAAAUUUGGCUUUCUUCGGUACAGAAUGUUUACUUUAACGUUUUUAGAGCGGCGAGAACCCAGGGAGGAAUUUCCGUGCUUCUUGUGGUAACAUCAUGACCGGAGCAGUUUCUGCGCCUUCACUGGGGACCCGUUUCUGCGUCUUUGUCUGCCCUCUGGCCGGAUUGCGGUUUUCUAGCUGCCCACAUAAACGGAAUGUGGCACAGAAGUGACCUGGAGGCUGGAUGUGAUUUCAGUAAAUCAGGUUCCAGCGUUUGCCCCCCAGGGUGGGUACCGGGACUCAACAGCCUUCCUACCUCCAGGAACAGGAUCCACGAUGGAAGCAGACAAAGUACGGUGUCUGACAGCGGUGACACAGGAAUUGGUACUUACUGCUCCGAUGGUGUGGAAGAAGACUGCUGUCCGGCUACUUCACCCCUGUCCCUCCAGACUGUCUCCCAGCAUCACAUGAGCCUAAAUGAAGAUGAUGACGGGCCUCCCAUUGGACUCGUCUCACCUUAUUCAUCCUCCUCAUACUGGACGCCUCAUUCGCCCCACAGUACAGGACACUGGAGUGGCUCUUGUCCCCUUAACAUGGCCUCCACACCUCCUGUAGGGGUACCAGGUGGUCUGGAAAUGAAGGACCAUAAGCCCCUCUGGAGAAGUUCCUCCUUCACCAAGUUGUCUUCAGCAACUGAUAAGAGCUCCUCCUGGGCAUCCGUCCAUAGUUACGGCCCAGGUAUUCAAGGCUCCCUGGAUAGAGGUCUGCUUUAUGGAUCUAGACUGAAAAACAAGGGUUCAAAACCAGACCUUUACCUGCCCGUAUCCUCCUCCAGGGUCUGCAGUAGCUUGCUGCUGCGCUCACCAGGUGCCAACCCUGGUCAUCGUUACCACCAUCGCGGCAGAUCCAACGAUUUGACACCAGACCUGCUCCUGUCUUCAGCUCAUUCCUCUCCAGCUAAACAGAACAGUCUGGGCCUGAGCUAUGCGGCCUUACCCGAGAGUAGACCUUCUGUAGGAGGGAGGCAGGUCUCUAGUUCCACCUCAUCCAACCAGGCUGACCCGCCUCUGGCACACAGCUUUGACAGCCUGUCUCCAAUUCAGCCAGCUGUUCGUACCCAGAUGUGGCUGACUGAGCAGAUGGAGCACAAGCCCCUAGUGGAUGAUGAAGGUGAACCCGGUCUGAUUCAUGGUUCUAGGACAGAAGGAUCUGAUCUAGAUGGGCUGUCGUCAUGGCACCAGGAGCUGAACCAGAUCUCACUUCCUGUUAGCAUCCUGGUGAAGGUCAAGGAGGGACUGCUGAGGCAGAGAGAACUGGAGAUUAACAGACAAAAGCUGCAGAUUUUGCAGCUUCACGCUCGGAUCAGAGAGAACGAGCUGCGAGUUAAGCAAGUCCUGCAGAGCCAGAGAGGUUUGUUUGAGGACUCCCUGAUCCUGAACAUAGAGGAGUCGGCACUCAGAAGACCAUGCCGACAGCCGUCAGACAGUUUGUGCUACGGUGAAGAUUUUGGUAGAAAAUUAUUAGUGGCUGAACUUGAAGUCCUCUAUCUGAACAAGUUCUUCAACCAAAUAACCCAAAAGUACACAGAGGACAUCCGAAAACUGGAGGAGAAGAUAAAAACAAGAGAUCGUUACAUCACCAGCCUGAAGAAGAAGUGUCAGAGAGAGUGUGAACAGAACCAGGACAAACGGCAGCGCAUCGAGACGCUGGAGAAAUACCUCUCCGACAUGCCCUCUUUAGAGGAGGUCCAGGUCCAGUUCCAGCAGCAGGAGGAGUCACGGCAGAAAGCCCAGGAUCUGGAGAAAACGGUGUCUCGGCUACAGAAACGCAUCGAGGAUGAGUGUGCGCUGCUGAGAAAGAAGGACCUCAUUAUUGACCUGCAGGCCAGGAGGGAGAAGGAGAUGAUCGCAUCUGUUCACAGCCUGCAGGAGAAGGUGCAGCAUUGUCUGGAUGAUGGCGUCAGGCUGCCUGUGCAAGACUUAAAGCGGCUGGAGGUGGAGAACUCUCAACUCCUGCAGCAGCAGGAUCACAGCAGCAGGCUGCUGAGGCUUCAGAGAGAAGAGAUCGACAGACUGACCUCACGGCUAACGAGUAAAAGCGUGCUGGCACCGCUCUCGUCUGGAGUGAGAGUCUCAGAAGUGGACCGGCUGCUGAAGGAGAUGUCCCUGUGUCUGCUGGACCUCCAGGGUCUCUGCAGCAUCCUGUCUCAGAGAGCUCAGGGAAAGCAGCCCAGCCUCUCUCUGCUUCUCGGCAUAGAGUCGUUCGGCGUUUCAGCAGACCACAGCGAGUGUAAAGCAGGCGAGGAAGAUGAAGAGGAGCUGAGCUUUAAGCUGCUUGAAGUCAACCGGUUGAGAAGAGACAUCGAUGAGCUGAGGAGAAACAUCUCAGAGCGCUGUGCUCAGCAUAGGACUGAAAGUUGUCCCACAGGGACACCCUGAGCCUUCUGAAGCAAGGUGUCAGCUUUUAUUUGAACCUACUUAAAUGAACAUUUUUCCUGUCUUCAGACUUCUACGUGUGCAUAACCCGUCCCUGAACUCUUAAAUGUGCUGGGAAGCAGUUUGUCAGCUGAAACUAACUUUCAUCAUUCUUUUAUUCAGAGAUCUACCAAAACAAAUACAGAGCGGCUCUUUGUAGUCGUGUUUAUUAACAUUCAUUUUAUUCAUUUAGCUUGAAAAUGAGAAUUCUUGCUCUGUAUUGAAAAACUCAAAUGUAACAAUCACCAUUUUUAGUCUAUUUAAAUUUUAAUAGUUUUAUUUUUGAUGGUAUCUUAGUGUUCAGUAAUAAACUACUUCUAUCAUUUUACCCUGGCAGACUUAAAGGAUUAUGCAGCUUUUGACAGUAAUAAGUCCACUUUUAUUGUGGACCCAUCUAAUUCACCAAGCCCUCACAUCUGGGUCUGAAUCUGCACUCCCAACCAGACAAUCUCCCUGUAAUGGUGCUGGCCUACAUGUUCAUAAGGAAUUAUGCAUCGUUUUAAGGGAAAACACACCCAUGCUUAUUUACAGUUAAACUGGAAAAUUAGUAAAUGUUGCCAAAGUCCAUUUAUGGGUUAGGGUUCAGUUCAGACUGAGAGACCAUCUAAAGCAGGGGUUGGGAACCCUGGUCCAUCGAGGGCCGCUAUGCAUAUUUUAGGCCCUGUCCACACGUAGCCGGGGAUCUGCCAAAACGUAGAUAUUCUUCUACAUUUUGGCCUGUCAUCCACACGAAAACGGAGUUUUUUCACACGAAAACGGAUCUUUUUAAAAACUCCGGCCAAAGUGAAGAUCAGCGUUUUCUCCGUUUUGGGUGUCUGCGUGUGGACAGACAAAACCGGAGUUUUAAGGUCCACAACGUCACUUUCCGCGACAAAAAAAUGCUGACAUCACGUGUGCGACCUGUGUUUACACUAGCCGACAGCAUGGAUGCCCUCAGAGCUGCGCUCGCUUUAUCAAUUGUCCAAGCGCUCUUUGCUUGUUUGUUUUUGCAAGCGGAAUUACUGCUCCUUGCGGAAGACCACAGACGAAGGACGAGGUUAAGAACGGGGGAAGUACUGCCACCUACAGGUCUGGCAUGUCCUUAACAACGCAUUUAUCCGGGUACGUGUGGACAGUUUCUUUUUAAAACCAGGUGGUGUGGAUGCAAGUUUUUGGAGGGGCGGAUAUUCGUUUAAAAAAAAACCCGGCUACGUGUGGACUAGGCCUUAGUUUCAACCCUGCAUCAUCACACCUGAUUUCAAUCAGCAAGUGAUUAACAGGCUUUAGCAGAGCCUGAUGAGCUGCAGAACAGGUGAAUCAACCACUGUAUCAGAAGUGUUGAAGCAAAGACAUGCAGGAUACCGGCCCUCGAGGACCAUGGUUCCCCACCCCUGAUCUAAAGGCUCAGGAACCCUCUGCAGGUGUUCUGGGUUCAUCAGCUGAUGAGAGUGUGACACUUUGAGUCAAGAAUAGUGAACCUUUCACAAUUUUCUAAUUGUCUUGAGAUGCUGAAUGUGGGGUUUUCAUCAGCUGUAAGCCAUAUUCAUCACAGUUAUAACAAAUAAAGGCUUUGCAUGGAAUGA